AUGGGGCAUGAAGAAACAGAUUCUGGUGGAGGCAAAGAAUCAACUGAAAAAGAAGAUUUCAACAACUUAAUCCAGUUUCCAGAGGUGCAAGUUGUUGAGGUUCUCUUGGAGAUUGUUGGGGUAAGAAACGUACCAGAUGGUCAUAAGGGAAAGCUCUCGGUCGUGUUCAGUAAAACCCGACCCGAUUCUCUCUUCGAUGCCGAGCCUAGACUGUCGAUUUUAUCCGAGGCUGGGGAGAAGCAAGCUGCUUGCUUUCAGUGUGAAGCUAGAGGAGAGCUUCGUUUCCAGCUUCUCUCAUCUUCACCUUCUAAGUUACAAGUUUGGAGAGCGCCUAAAAGCUUAGGCUCUGCUUCUUUUUCAGUAGAGGAGUUUCUGUCUCCGGUUGUUACUCAACUCUCUGUUGAGAAGUGGUUGGAGUUGACACCUGGCAAAGCAGAUGCUAAACCUAUAAGCAUCCGAGUCUCUCUCUCGUUUACUCCACCGACACGGUUCCCAUCUGUUUUACACAUGGUUGAGCCGAAACCCUCGUGGAUAGGCUCUUGCUUUGUCAGAAAGUCUCGUCAUGCUAAGAGGUGGACAAGUGUUGUUGCUGGAAACGAGACAGAGCUUCUCACACUCCAAAUGAGCUCUAGUGAUGGAGCAGCACUCAAAGUGAUUGGUGGGACAGACUCUGGUGAAACUCGCGUGCUCGCAGAGUGUAAUGGCACUUUCUGGUCUCUGUUGGAGUCGAAAUGGUCACUUAAGCUAACGAAUGCAGAUAAACCGGUCUUGGAGCUUUCUGGUCCUCGAGUGGUGAAAGUUUUCUCAGGGAGGAAGCUGGAUUAUGAGCACAAACACUGUGGAGACUGUGGAGAGCGUAGAAGUGAUAAAGAUUUCAUGACCCUUGUGGAGUUCUCUAAGCAACAUCCAUAUGGAAAAGCUGUUGGAUUGUUGGAUAUGAGAUUUGGUUCCUUUGAGGCCAAGGAGAAUUGGUUGGUUUUACCAGGAAUCCUAUCUGCUUUCAUACUCACUACUGUUUUGAAGAAAGAAAGGAGGAUUCCACGAAAAAGAAUGCUUUUGCCGUCACCAAAAGAAGUCAUGAUUGUGGCUUAA